GAGCUUGGGAAAUACUGCUUCCAAAAGCAAUUUUUCCUAGCUAAGAAGGAAAGACGGAGCACUCAGCUAAUUGUGAGCUUAAAUCACAACAAACUGUACAGAACACUGCAGUGCAGAAGGACGGCACUUGAGCUCCAAAGCAGGUGGGCUCCUGAUGUGCCUCUAAAUGCAGAAACUUAUCAAAAACCUGCUGUUGAACCAUACAGCUUUCCUUACGAAACUACUGAGAGCAAAAAGGUCCUGUCCCUAUCACAAAGCUGAAAGCCUGUCUGGAGAAGCAGUAAGAAAACUCGACAAUGAAUCCUUUCAGAAUGAAGAUGCUUGAAUGAAGAAUUUGAAACUGUUGCUAUACUUGAUAGCAUUUCUGGCAAUAUCCGUUAUGCCUCAUGUGGUACACUGGAUGGUGCUGCCUUACCUGUAAAGAAAGGUGGUUUUGUACAUAGUGAGGGGAGAGCAAUAAUGGUGAGGGCAACACAGUCCUUGUAGUUUUAAACAACUUUAAAAGGAAAUGCUGUUGCAAAGGGAGUGGAAUGGAACUUGUGGCCCCUUGACAACUAUAAAGAGGUCCAAAUUUAACCAUCAUACUGUAAAAAAGAGAUCUUUAUUUAUGAUGCAUAAGAAACUUUCUGUGUUUAGGCUUCGGUAUAGAAUUAUAAAAUCCCCAAAACUUCGAGCAAGAGGCAAAACCUGCAAAUUGAGAAAAAUCAAGCCAAGGUGGGUGGAGAAAGUUACAAGGGACCAUCCAGAGACGCUCCAGCGGGAUUUUGAAAGGGGAUUGUGUAGUUGGCUUUCCUACUGGAAAUCUAAAAGAAACCGUUUUUGGAACCGAUACAGUUUAUCAGAUAUGAACAGUAAUACACCCAAAUCUUUAGGUGAGGAGAACAAAAUAUGUGCACCUGAGAUCUGCCAUAUGCAGGAUGCCUUACUGUGUGCUGAGCCGUGUUCUGAGGAGCCCGAAUCCGAAGGACAGGAUGGCAGUGCAGAUGUUAUCCUGCCAGAACAGCAGGCUACAGCCUCUCCAGAGACGGAGACCUUGCACCAGGUGGAUACCAACAGGGCUCUGGCAGAGGAUCAUUGCUCUGACAUUUUCAUCUCCGUGACGGAAAAAGAAAUUGCCAUUUCAGAACAAGAUUAUGCAGAAUCUAAUGAAGUUGUGGGUGUAGAUGGAAUGACACUGCUGCAGUCCUCCUUGCAGGAUUCGGAUGUCAAUGAUAAUUUUGCAAAUGGACCUUUAUCCGUGGAGCUGGCACAAAAUGAGGACAGCUCUAGCCAAAUGGAAGUAGAGGACUCCUUAAACCUAGACUUUUUUAGUGCAAAGUUACUAGAUCACCCUUACUGUAAAAGUCCUCUCGAGGAGCCUUCACCAGAAAGCACAGGGCUAAAAUCAGGAACUCAAAAGGGAGGCAGAAGGAACAGUCAGAAAGCUUCCCAAGUGGCUGAUGAGCAGUUGGCAACGUGGCUUUGUGGAUUCCUAGAUGAAGUUAUGAAGAAAUAUGGCAGUUUAGUUCCACUAUGUGAAAAAGAUGUCAUGGGAAGAUUAAAAGAAGUCUUUAAUGAAGAUUUCUCCCAUAGAAAACCUUUUAUCACCAGGGAAAUCAUGAAGUAUCGGGAAAAACAUCCAAAAAACUCCACUUGCAAUUUCCGUGUCUUCUAUAAUAAGCACAUGCUAGAUAUGGAUGAUUUAGCUACACUGGAAGGCCAGAACUGGCUGAACGACCAGAUAAUUAACAUGUACGGUGAACUCAUAAUGGAUGCAGUCCCUGAAAAGGUUCAUUUCUUUAACAGCUUUUUUCAUAGACAGCUCGUAACCAAAGGAUAUAAUGGGGUGAAACGAUGGACUAAAAAGGUGGACUUGUUCAAAAAGACUCUCUUGUUAAUUCCUAUUCACUUGGAAGUCCACUGGUCCCUCAUUACUGUGAACAUCCCCAAUCGAAUUAUUUCGUUUUAUGAUUCCCAAGGCAUUCAUUUUAAGUUUUGUGUAGAGAACAUUCAAAAGUAUUUGCUGACUGAAGCAAAAGAGAAGAAUCACCCUGAGUUUCUUCAGGGUUGGCAGACUGCUGUGACAAAGUGCAUUCCACAACAGAAAAAUGACAGUGACUGUGGGGUUUUUGUGCUCCAGCCUUUUCCUUUUCCUCAGUACUGCAAGUGCCUCGCCUUAGACCAGCCUUUUCAGUUCUCCCAAGAAGAUAUGCCCCGAGUGAGAAAAAGGAUUUACAAGGAGCUGUGUGAGCGCCAGCUAAUAGACUAAUAAAAUGCAGCCAACCUAAUUUCUCUGGCAUUUCUGACAAGUUGCAGCUGGUGUUUGUGUACUUGAAUUUCUGAAAACUUCCGUGAAUUUUGAGCGAUUCUCAGCUGAGUGGUGUGGCCACUGUUGUUACCUCAAUUUUUUGACAAGCUCUUUGACUGGCAGAAAAUAACAGCUGCCAUAAAAUAUUCCUAAUGUCAGUUUGGUUCUCUUAUGUUUUUCCUGUAUUUAAUAUUUAUUAUCUCAGCAUGCAUAUAGGCAAAGCAUGCACUAAACCCAUAAAACUGUAGAUUUGGUGCACCUUUGAGAUGUAGCUAGAAAUUACAAAUACAGAUGAAUUUUUCUGGAAACAUAAAGAUGCAUGAUAUGUUUUCUGAUGCAAUAAUGCUUUGAAUGUAUCAAAAAAAAAAUCAAUGCCAUAAAAAGAACAGCUAGAGCCUAUUUGAUAGUUCCAUUGUCCCUGUUGUAGCUGUAUAAUACUGAAUUACCACUUUUUACAGCGGCUAAAUUCAUCAACGGAUUUAAAUUGUGGAGACCCCCUUUUUUAAUAGUUCAAGUUGCUAUUAAAGUUUGGUCUGUUAACAUUUAUCCAGCUGUCAUUAUCACCCUGUCCCUAUAGAUAAAAAGCAGCCUUUGCACAAAUAAAGCUUCGGCACUUGUCUGUGUGAUAAAAAGUACAAAGGUGUUCGGUCAGUCAGAUUGAUGGUAUGUUCCUGUGUGCUGCAGAAGUCUCCAUGAUGUGUAUUGAGGGGAAUUAUAAAGCUGGCCCUGAAGAGUCACAGCUUAGAUACUAAGAUAAACUCCUUGGCUGUAAUUGUUUAAAUAUCAGAUGGCUUUGACUUAUUUUUCAGUUCCACAACAUGCAAUGAAAUGUACCAUUUCAGUGACUCUCCCUUCAGCUCUGUCUUUAAACUCUGUCUUCAAGCUUGUCAUAUUUGACCUCCCGUUGGCUUUUGCCUUUGUUCAAAUAUAAAUUAAUUCAUCUCUGCUGCAUCUGCUGUUUGAUUGUCUCAAACAUUCCUACUUUUAUUUGCAUUCAGUGGCACAGACAGGUUUGGUUGGGAAUAAUAGUACUCGUGGUGGGUGUUUUACAAACCCAGCAAUGUCAUGUCAUUCCCCUCCAGAGGGGCAGGAAGCUGAGAGUCCACCACUGGACUUUGCUGGGUUGCUGCACUGAACAGGGAUACAUGAGGGCAGUGGAUCUUGAGACUUUUGGGGGUUCAGCCUGAUCUGUAAAUUGUGACGUGCUUCUUGCUAAAGAGAGCUGCUUUUGUUUGAAGAGACUGUUAUGUAGGAUUGCUACAUCAGCAAAUAACUUUGCUGUCUUUUUCAGUCAAAUUAAGGAGUGAGCCCAGAGGAAAACUAUUUUCAGUGCUAAACAUCAUCUGUUGCACAGCUUCACCUUGUGUCUGUCCAUAGCCCUGACUUCUGAUGGAGGAAAACCACUUUAAGUUCUCUGUCUUGCAAAUUAAUUCAGGCUUGAGCUAAGCCAGGUGCAAAUCCCUCCUAGAUUAUGGGAGGGAGCAGGGAGAAGUGAGGGAGUGCCAAGCGCAGUCAGGCUGUGAGAUGGAAACGUGUGCGUGCUGUGUUGGGCUGGAGAAGGACGUCUUGCGGUAUCCUUGUGUGUUUCCAUUUCCCCUUGCUGGCAGCUGGUAAGGACUGGCUUAAUUUAGAAUGAUAAGGAAGGCAUUAAGCACUUGGUUAGAUAAUUUAAACAAGGAAGUUACUGAAUCAGAAAGAACCUUAAGACCCAGACUGGCCAAUAAUACAUUUGCCUGUCGUAUGGGGCAGAGCACCCCACAGCACAUAGUUUCUUUGUGUUUCCCUGCAGUAUUACUGAUAUGAACAGCAGUACCUUCGGGAGCAAGUGACUAUGAGCAGUGGAGGGUGACUUCCAUGCAAAUUGAAGCUUGGGAUGUAGUUCCUCAUGUGCUAGAGUAGAACAUGUAAGCCAGUGUUGCCAUUCUUCUCUCUGCAUUGCUAUCUCACAAACGGUCCAAAUGCUUAUACUGCAAUGUGGUGGGAUCAGCUGAACUGAUCCAGGCUAAAACUAACCCAGCCGAAAGGCUGCUUUUAACCCAGAGGAGAGAGGAGUUCUCACCCUAGUGUGACUUGUCACUGAAAGUGUAUACCAGCAUGAACAAAGAGGGAGAAUUGGGUGGCCAGAAAGAGACUUGAAAGCAGUGCCAACUUUGGGUAUAUGCAAGUGAAGCUAUAUCCCCAGGCAAGACUCCCUGCAGAAAGGAUGUGAAAUGCAGAAAAGCAAUACUUGCAUAAACAAGUUGCCUUUAUUUUCAAAACUUGAGCUAUUUGGUAAAGAAUGUUAAAAGGCAUGGUUUGACAGUGUACCAGCCUGGAAUACUCAGUGCCUCCCACAAGGACCCUUUUUUUUAUUUUUUUGUGGAAGUUGCCUUGUUGAUAGUUUUCAUUGCAUGGGAAUGUGCUAGAGCAUCAGACAACACACAGUCCUUUCCUGAAACUUGGUGCCUACUACCAGUUGGUAGGAAUCCAUCUUCCUCUAUAUGAGAGGUUGUGAGGAGUUUUUAAUCAUGAUCCCUUUAUCAGUGGCAUCGGUAAAAGCAGAGUAUUCCUGUGAAUUUAAUGGGAACAUGGAUGCUUUGAAAUGACUGCAUGUGUGUACCAGACCAUUUGAUUAAGGGGAGGGAGGCUUGCAUUUGAAUCUGCUGCCUUGUGAACUGGGGAGCAGGGCGGGGAGAGAUACAUGUUGGAAAGUACUUCUUAUGUGCUUUCUUGUCAUCUAGAGGUUUGCCGACAAGUGUUCCAGUUGGUUUUGGGUCAGCCCAGAGGAGCUGCACUUGAAUCUCCAGCUGUGAACACACCAGUGAGAGGCCUCUGAAAAAAAAAAAAAAAAAAGGAGAGGAAAUUGAAAACAGAGCUAAUGUAAGCAAAGUAUGUUGGUGCAGGGUUAAAAUUAAUCACAGGCAGUCAGAAUCUCAGACUCUGUAAUGGUGUAUCCUGUGAAACUGGACUAAUUAACUCCUCCUUGAGAAUGUCUUUGAUGCCUUAAAGGAGAUGGACUCCAUAAUCUGUAGUCAUUUUACCAGUUCUUAAAACAUUCAGAACUAUGUAGAAUGUUUUUAUUAUGAGAGGCACAUUUAUGUGGAUGUAGUUAUGGCUGUUAGCAAUUCCAUUAAUGUGAUCUUCAGAAUUUCAUAAAUCACUCUGAACUGGUUUGGCUGAUGCUUAAAUUUCACGACUUGUUCCAAAGAGAUUGUCUCGCUGUGCUGAUUUAUACAAAUAGUCCCAGAACUGGAGAAGUCUCCAUCUCAUGCGCGACAAAUUUAAGCUACCUGAGUUGUAAUAAACCUUAAACUUAAUGGGAAAUAAAUUACUAGUUUCCAUUUUAUUUGCUUUAAUCUAUAGUUUAAAAUUACUGUGCAGCUGAUAUAUAUAAAAAAAAUGCAAAAUGUGGCCUUGAUCCUGCAAGGUAAGUAGAGAGAUACCUUUUGCUGAUCCGUUAGACAGUUGCAAAAUGGAGACUGGACCUUUGUGCUAUAAAAUAUGCUGUUGAUCCGUUCUUACCUGGCCCUCUUGCGUGCAAAGGUGAUAUUUUGAAUGUUUUCCUUGCACUGAUUGCUGAGCCAGACAGGUUUGGAAAGAAUUGCUUGCUUGUGUUCAAUCUCUAGCAUAAUGCUUAACCUGUCUUUACUUUCUCAGGGUUUUGAUUGGCGUUAUCUACUGCAGCAUUUAUACAAGUCUAUUUGAAUAUUUAAAACUUGGGAAGUGACACAGACUUAACUCCACUGAGCAACCACUGUGUUUUGUGGGUGUGUUCUUGCAUCAAAUGAAGCCCAUAUUCCUGUGAAGUUAUAAAAUUGAGUUUUACCAUAAAUGCUAUUUUCUUUUAGUGGUUUGGUUUCAUUUUAAUUUUAAAAGUGACUGAUGUGAUGGUUGAGGGAGUGUUUGUAGCAGCUUGUUUGGGGAUCUGUGUUAUUAGGAGAAACCUCGCCAGCUGAUUAGUUCAAUAACUCUGAACUGUACGCUAAUGAUGCUCUCUGUUCAUAGCACUGCAGUGAAAUUACUUACUGUGGUUUGAGCAGUGACAACAUACAAGAUUGGAGAUGUCACCUAAUGCAUAAAUAAGGGUGGAAAUGUUGCAUUAGACACUCUAGUAAGGUGGCAUUUAAAAAACACAGAUCUGUCAACAGAACAGGUAGAACUUAAAUUGCUUUUCCAGAUCAAACUAAAUUAAUGCUCUUCUUGUAGUGCUUGUUGUUUUAGCUCUGUAUAGAGUUAAAUCUUGUCUUUGCUGAAUUGUACAAAGCUGUAUACUGCUUGUAAAUUUGUGGUAAUGGGAGGAAUGAAGGCUUAGCGAAUGUCUCUUUAAACUAUUAAUCAUGAGACUGGCAACAUCAUUGUCUUUAUUACAUUCAUAAUUUAAAAAUUCUAUCAUGGAGGAGGAAACUUGUAUGCUUGUUAAAUAUAUUCUUCAGUGGAAAGUGCUAAGAAAUCAGAUUGUUAAAGUACAGAAUCUUAAGAGACACUAGAGCCUUGCCAGGAACAAUAAUUACUAUUUAUAUGUAAUAGGCAUUGGGAGGGAAAGAGAUGAGUCUGGUUUGCUUGUGUCUGAACUUAAUGGAUUUUAUGAGUAACCGACUAGAAGGAUCUGGGGAUUGAAUUUCGUUUUCAGAGCAUGUAUUAUUACAAACUAUAGAGCUAAAAACCGUUGCAAACCGAGUGAAAUAUCUUGAGAAAUCAACUAGUUUGUUGUCUCUUAGCACAAGUAAGCAGACAUGUGCAAAGCAGCUCCUGCUCCUGCUUGAAAUUCUGAUGAGUUUUUAUUCUUAAUCCUGGUGCUUGAUUUCAGCUUUGCUGGUAACUCAUCUCCCCUAGUGUGGCACUUCCUGGAGGCUGCAGACCUUAGGUUACCUGGGGCUCUUUAUGAGCCACUUUGGGAAGUGGCCGAGAAGAGAAGGGAUCAAAAAUCCAUUGGGGAGUCUGUUUGCACUGCCUCGCGAUAAAUGCGUUGUGGGAGGAAGAGCAAGGGAGAAACUGAGCUUUAAAUAAGAUGUAUUUAACUGGAUAAUGUGGGUCAGGUCAUGUUUAUGGUACAUGAUCGUGAUACAGACAAGGAGCCAUCUUGUUUAUGGAAACCUUUGGGUGAGUGGGAGAGAAAUGUGGGGAAGAGAUGCUUGCUGCAGGGACGAUUGCUCUGCUGUGCACAUAGGGACGCUAUGUCUCACUUCAGGCCUGUGCAUUUCAGAUGAACCUAAUGCAGGCAGCAACUGCAGCAAAGGAAGAAACUCCCUCUGCAACAUUCAGCUGAACAUCACGUUUGUUUAGGACAAUCGUAGCUUGACAAUUUAUCCUCAGCAUCUGACAGCUCCAGCCUAUUGAAAAGCAGACAAGCGUGCUGCUGCUCCACUGCAAACGCCAGGGCUGCCCCAAGGCUCUUACAGAUUAAGUCAGUUCCAGCUCACCUUUCAGUUCCUGGCUUCUUUGGGGUUUCAGGUUGAGGGUUUUUUUGUUUUUAAAGAAAUCUGAGGUACUGAGAAGUUUUAAGGUGUAUCUUCAAUAAGUACAUUGCCUUCUAAUUCAGGAAACUUGUCUUUGGAGAUCUGCUUUCAGUUUUGCAUACUGAAAUGCUUCUCUUUCUCACGCAAUUAGUACAAGGCAGCAAUCUUUACAUGCUGCUAUUAAUGGGCAGAAAGAGACUUCAGGGCUUAAUUUUUGGCAGAAUUUUGUGGUUUGUCCUCUGGUGAAUCACACUUCAGAUGAAUGUUUUUUUCCUUUAGAACAAAAAUAUAGCUAAAAGAUGCCGAAAAACUUGAGGCUAAUGAAAUGCAAUGCCUUCUGUCCACUUAGGAUUUUUGUAGACAUUUGAUUGUCCCCAGACAGGAUGUCCAGUCUUCAGAAGGGACUGGAUUUACUUAGGGAGAAUCGAUGCUGUUUAGCAAACAGGGACUGGAGAGUUUCAGUUCCUCAAAUCUCUAUUUGAUCAUUUUACCAGAACAUGCUUUAGAAGCUGAACGGUUGGGUACUGGUGAAGUUCUUGGCAGGGCUGUAGCUCCUGGCCUUCUGUGGCUCUGGGGAUACCCUGGGUGCAGCCUGAGUUGGAUGGUUCAUCCCGGGGUACUUUUUGACCACCAGAUGUCACGCAAGGACCAUCAGAACUCAUGUGUUGCUACACUCUCCAGCUCCCUGCUCAUGGUUUGACCAAGCCAUGAUAUCUUCUGGUUGCGUGUCGCCUGCCACGUUGGUUGUUGUCUUCUCACACAUUUCUCAUCAAAGUCUGCACCACACUUGCAAAAAGAAUGUGUAUGUUAAACCAAACGCCCUCCCCCACUCCAUCCGCCAUCAAAUCCACUGAAAAUCCCUCUGUAUCAAACGUGUAAGUGUUUGGCUCCAGCACGAUUACUCUGGAGUCCCAUCAAUUUUACAAAUUGGCUGGAACAUUUUUUGGUAGAGAAGUCUUGCAUACCAGAAGUCUUGAGUCUGAUCAAACUGCUGCCCUACUAUAGAUCAUACUGUUAUUUUUAUAACUCUGCAUUACCAUGGCAAAUUCUGCUGGUGGGGGGGGAGAAACCACAUCAGUAGCAACUUCUGUCUGAUUUGUGGUCAUAUGCUUAUAACUUGACAUGGUUUUGCAAAUAACUGAACAAAACCAGGAAUUCGUUUAGGGGGAAGAAAAACAGAACUCCAAAAAACUGCUGCAUCGAAUAUCUUGUGUGGAGAGUCUGACUAGCUCACAAUUUGGAUCUCUUAAUGGAAAAUGGUUCAGAGCAGGAAUGGGAACCGAUUGCCCUGUGUUAGGCAGUGGGGGCUGUGCUGUGGCUGUCAGCCACUGCCAAACACUGUGGCAGCCUCUGGGCCAUGAAUUUUUUUGAAUUUUUAUUUAAUUGCUAGUGUCUGCUCAGGCUUUAUCCUAAAUUUAGUAACAUUCAGUGCUGCUUUUUCUCUGUAAUACCUUUAUAAAUUCCCAUAUAAUUUGAUCUCUAAUUUUAAAGCCAUCUGUCAUUUUUGAGCUGUAUAUUUUCCAGCUUUAAAAGGUCUUGUUGAAGGAAAAUUUAAAUUCAAAGCCUACUGAAAAUGCAUUUUUCUUUAAAUUAUUCAUCGGUUAAAAUGUCUUUGAACUUGCAUUUGUGUAUCUAGAGAGACUAGUGGGACAGAUGGUGGGAUACCUGGUUAGUCCUUGCACCGAUGCCAUAUCCAUGCACUGCUCAGCUUGGCUGCUGAGCUCCUUGGCAGCACUGGGAACUUGCUGUAUCUACACCCCACCCUGGUACCAACCUUCAGAGGUGUCCGCUGUCUGUCACAUGCCGUCCUGUUCACUAGGUGGCAUUGCUUCCUAGUCUAUAAGCUUUUAAAUACUUUAAAUACUUCAUUAAUUAUGCUAAUCCACGAGGUGGACAGAAAGUGAAUUGCACAGUGAUGGUGUUACCCUUGUGUCCUUCUUAUUCCAAAGACUAUGCUGGCUGGAUUUCUCUGGUUGACAGAUCUGGAGCAGUAUCCUGAUCUCAGGUGGUGAAGUUCUGGGUCUAGGGAUGGCUUUGGCUUGGAAGACUUCAAAGACCCCAUUGGGAAAAUACUGCACACACUGACCUUGCUGUUGGCAGCCAACGCCAUGGUCCCAAAUUCAUCCAAGUCAUUAUCCUCUUCAAGUUGUUGACUUGGUUUAUCAACUUUACUAAAAAAUGCUAAAGUAAUGUACUUGCUGCAUGAGGUAGCUGGAGUGCGGCUGGUGAAGUCUUGCCUGUCUUAGCGUGGGAGCUAGUUGUGUUGACGUAGGGAUCCUUUCUGACAUCUGACCAACCAUGGAGACAGUAGGAGAGCAAGGUGCUCUGGACAGUGAUGAGCUACUGUCCAUUACCUGGGUGCUUUGACAGGUAGCCCUGUUAUUUUACAUUGUUCUGCCCUUCCCUGCCUUUUACCAUCCCUCCCUCCUCCUACGCCUCCUCUUAGCUUUAAUGAUCAGAUCAGCCAAUUAUGGGCUGAAAUGUAGUGGAUUUAAGAUGCUUGUUUGCUGCCGAUGGCAAUUAAUUGGAGCCUUUGGUAGGCUUUAAAAUGAGAAGAGGAGUUUUGGCUUUACAGGUUGAUUUUAGUACCAGGAAUACUUGAUCUGUCCCUGGGACAAAUCAAGAAGGAAGACAGUAAGGUCUGUGUAAGGUGUAGCUCUUGCCUUUGUAGGUGCUGGGCCCGGGGUGUGUGAAGUUGUAGGAACCUGCCAGGCUGAGAACUGCCAAACCCACUGGAGGCGACAGAUGCAAAGUGUGGCUGAGAGCAGGGCUCUACAUGCUGAGGAAGGCGCUAGUGCCGCUUCCCAGCCCUUAUGUAAGUAAUCUUUCACCCUGGAGUUCAAGAGUAUUUCUCAGCUUGCAAUAUUGAUGCUCUCUUCACUUUGCAAACCAAAGCAUAACAUCUGAGUUUAGACUGGUGAUGCAGCUCAGUUCUGAGGGGGGCAGGACAGUUGUGCCUCACCUGAUGCUGGAGCCACACUGGGCCUUGCUGUGAUGAAAAGACAAGACAAGUUUUUGAACAUGACCUUUCAUGAACGAGCAAGAUAAAAAUAAAUGUAAAUUGAAGAUCCUGUUUCUCAUGUGCAUUUUAUUAAAAACUACAGAGUUGUUCAUUCUUGCUGUGUAGUGUAAUUGCUAAAACAUGAUUUGUAACCAAAUAUAGCUCUUUGCAUUAAGUAUGGCACUACUUCUUACUAGGGAGGAUGAUAUGGUAAAGGAAUGCUCAUUUAAACAAUUACAUAGUACAAUUUCUGCAUUCAAAACCUUACUUUUUUCACUUUUAGAAAAGCAGGCUUAACCUUUAGAUGCUUUUUAACUUGAAUUUUGUUGAACUGCACUUGGAUGAAGAACAGUAUAUGAUUAAAACAGGCGAUAUGCUUUUAAAACUGGUUAAAUACAGAAAUGAAGCUUGUCAAACUGUGUUUUGUAUUUCUAAGUGAUUGGGUAAAAGGUAAUGAAUGUGACAGAUUCUAGUCACAACAGCAUGAUAACACUUCUCAUCAGGUGUCCAGGGCCACUGUAGCCAAUGAGAGGAUUUCCAGAAGACAGGUAUCAGAGAUCAAGGUCUUACAUUUGCUGGUUUAGUACCUAUGGCUUUUUUAAAUGCUUGAAGUGGCUGUUUUUCCUCUGAGUUUCUAGAACUUGUAGGACGCAUCCUUCCCCAGCAGACUCAAAUUUGUUGGGUGAGCAAGAAUGGAAACUUUUGCUGGCUUCCCAGUUCCCUCUGAGCUGGGCUGGGUGAACAUCACCUUGCCCUACAGUAGCUGGACUGGAAUCUGGUGGCAUUAGGAGAUGGGUUUUCUGAAUGACAAAAUCUGUAAAUAUUUACAGUGAAGUAUAUAAAUCCAUCCUUUAUUCCAGUCUAAAGACUGACAUGAUGUUCUAGUGCGGGACACAAUGCACUUAAGUAGCCGAAGCGUUAGCUAUAUUUUAAAGUUAGGGAUGCUGCUUUCUGGUUUUGUAACCUGUUAAAAAUCCCACAUCCCUGAAACCAUGAUGACAGAGGGGCAAAGGCAGCAUGUCUUUAUUUAUUUAGGUAAUAGAUUACACCUCAGUUUUUGCCUUGGUGUGUGGUGUUGCAUUUGACUUUAGAAAUAGAUUAUCUUUAAAAAUUAUGUGAAUAUUUGACUCAAAUUGAAGUCAGCCUUAUUUUUUUAAACUUGAUUGUCGAUGACCCAUGGGAAUCCAAUGAAGGCUGCGAGUUGGUUGCUGUUGUGCUACACAUGGCAUGGUUCCCAAGACAUCCCUGUUUCUCUCUUGUCCUCAGCUGAAGGUUUAAACAUUCACUGGCUGAAACUCAGGGUUGACUGGGGAGCCAGUGUGUUGUGGCAGUCCUGGUGAGCAGGAAAAUGCCUUUUCAAACCUAGUCCUCAGGUUUCCCAGGGACUUCAAGAGCCAGCUGUGUGUGCACAUCUUCCAUUCCUAAGGACCACUCUUGUGAGAGCUAGAUAUGAGCUGCUUCAGAGAUGUGUCUGCAAAGCAAUAGUCCUGGAAAAGGGUAAACAAGUUCCCUUUGAUUGAGAUGAACGUCUCCAAGAGCCUGUAAAUGGUUCUGGGAAGGACCAUCAAAACUGUCCUCAGCCCCUCCUCGGUGCCAGAGGUUUCAUCUGGGGGAAAAGAACAAUUCCAGUUAAUUUGAAAUGCUCUGAGGAAACAAUAACUUUUAUUAGAUUAGAAUUAAAAUUGGAAUUUUUUAGAGUCAGUGGAAAGUCUUGUAUAGUUUCAGCCUUAUCUAAACAUAAAUAUUGAGUUUGGUUAGGUGUCUCCAAAGUCACACUUCUGAAAGCUCGGUCAGCAAAAUGCUUAAAGAUUUUAUUUCUGUCCCAAAGGUGAAAGAAAACAACUUCGAAAUGUCAAAAAUGCUGUUACCUGACAAGCUCUAUUUUUUGUAAGGUCAAGAAAAAAUGAUGGAUACUGUAACAAGUGUUUGUGCUGUUACCUUUUAAAAUAUAUUUGUGAUGCUCAAGUUCAUAAACGUAGCGCAUGCCUUUCAGAGCUAAAAAAUAGCAGUGAAAAGCAAGAGUCCUUGGUCUGUUCCUCCUUGUUUCUUCUGAAAUCGAUUUUUGGUUUAAGUUCCUCUGGUGUAAAUAAUUUUAAUGAAAAGGGGAAAAUUGCUAGGUAGAGUUUAUCAUCUGGGAUAUAUAGGCUCAGAUGGUUUCUUGAAAUACAGAAGACAGGUGAGCAGAGCUUCGAGUACCCUGGAGAAAUAGCACGCAACCCUUUAGAAAGGAAAUUUAAAAGAAGUAAAUCAGAUGUCAUCCUGCAAGUAGGCUGACCUGGUGCAGCUCCGAGGGAGAGGGUUGGGGCUAUUGCGGUUCAGACAUUGCACGGCCAGGUUGUACCCGCGUGUUUGAUAGCUGCUGUAGCUGAACCGUAGGAAGGCAGCAGGCGUGAGGCUGCAGCUGUGCCCUCUGUGCGUGGGAGAUGCUGCGGGGGCCAGACCCCUCUCUUACAGCCCUCUGAGUGGGGAAGCAGGAAGGGGUAGGAAAGCUUAAUCCUCCUCGCUUUAUUUUCUCAAAACUGUGAUCCCAAGAGAUGGGGGAAGCACAUGUUUGUGGAGAGGAGGGGGAAUCAGAGAUGCUGUGGAAUCUCCUUCUCUGGAGAUAUUCAAAACCCGCCUGGACACGUUCCUGUGCAACGUGCUGUAGGUGAAUCUAGCAGGGGGAUUGGACGGGGUGAUCUCCAGAGAUCUCAUACAACCCCAACCAUUCUGUGAUUCUGUGAAUAAGGGGACUUGACCAAAGUGGUGAUCCAUCCCAUGGGGAUGUCCAAAAGUUUUAAGUCCAGCUCAGCACAGUAUUUGCAUUUGGCGAUAAAUUAAGCCAAUUCCUUGCUUGGAUCAGAUCGCCUGUUCAAAGGAUUUCUUCUGUAGAGCACAUUUCUGUUGGGGUUGUGUGAAAUUGUGCUUUUGGUGAUUUCGAGGUGAUACAUCUAAACUCCUGCCCUAAUCAGCAGGAUCCAAGUUAGUUGCCAGACAAGGUGUCUCCGGGAGAAAGGGUUCUUGAGAAAGCAAGGAUGCUGAGUGAAUAGUGUUAGUACUGUUGUCAGUCCUUCUGGGAAAUGGGGGACAAUCCUGUCCCAGCCCCAGGACUGGGGAAAAUUAGAGGCAGCUUUUCUUCUCUGUGCUAAUAACUCAAGAGCACCUGAUGGUAUCCGCUGCUGGCAGGACUGGAGCUGCUGUGAGUCUGGACAGAGGUGUGAACAUCCAGCUUUGGUCCAACUCCUCUCUCAGUGACAAUGGGAACUUGAGUGUAUGGCCUAUGGGGACUAGGCUACUCCUGGCCCCUCUUUCCCUUUUCCUUGAUGUUCACAUUUGCUCUGUGCUUCUGAUAAACUUCGAUAGGUUUGAAGGAAAACCAAAGAGAAGCAGAAACACUUGAGUUGAGUUAGGGACUGCCUGUGUCCCAGCCCAUCUCCUGCAGGGAAAUGGUUGCAUGCAGGAAUGCAUGUGUCUGCAGAGCUUUGUGCUAUGAAAAAGCUCUUUAUGCUUUUGCUCCUUACUGCUAAGCCAUCCCCUGAAAAUUUAGCAUGCAUGUCUCUUGUCCAGCUGCUCCCUUACCUUCAUCAUGGUCCCAUAGAGCAUCCUCAUCCCCCAGCCUUUCAGGGUUGGGUACAGAUAGAGCUACCAGCCCUGAUUGUUCCCCCAGUCACUUGAAUUACCGAUCCCCUCCGCCGUUACCUCUGCAUGGUUUUGGCACAGUGCUGCCCAGAACUGUGGUCAUGAGCCUGUUCUUGGUCACGGUUCUUGUUGUGCCUCUCCAUCAGCAUCAUGGUGGCCAUCCCCAAGGCGUUGCAGCAGCCAACAGGAACCUCUUUGCUGUCUCCCUCAGGCAUUAGAGGGGGUCUGUAAUGCUUUGCAGACCAAUUUUCUCUCUGUUAUUGUUUUAAACUCCCUAUUAGCCAUUCCUGCUUCCCAGGUUUCCGCGUGUUUCAAAUUAUUUUCCCCAGAGGCAUCGACGGCAUUUUUCCAAAUUGAAUCUCAUUUAUUUUCUACCCAGGUUUCCAAUCUCUCUGGGGCCCUUUGUAUUAUUUCUCGGUCCGCACUGCCAUGUACAAUAUAUCCUAAUUUAGUAUCGUCUGUGAAUUAUAUUACCAUGCCCUUUAGUUCCUCUUCUAUUUAAUGAAGAUAUUUCCAAGAAAAAAAAAAUAUCUAAACUAUGUUUUAUUAAAAUAAGAAGGUAGAAUCUUAAAAACUCCUUUGUGGGUUUCCAAUAUGAAUUCUAAAUCUUUUUCAAAGAAAUCUUUAGCAUUUUAAAAAGAAAUUAAAACAUUCAAAAUAUCAAAGUUGGUAGUGUAAAAAUUAAUCAGUUUAUCAAUUGGUUGAGACCUCUGUCCCUGUACAGUAAGCUCUGCAGAGUGCUCUCUCCAAGGGUGAUGGAGACACCAUCUAUGUAUUUGAUGCAGAUAUUUUUUUAAAAACCAGCACCAAACAUAUGUUUGAAUUUCUCCAUAAAUUUGUUCCCUUUCCCUUGCUGACCUUUUUGGGUUUGCUCUCUGUGGCUGUUCUAGCAAACAUGUACACUGGCAGGAAUGAUGCUGAAGCAGCAUAUUUUAGUGCAAACGGUGCAGGCUUAUUCAUAGGAAGUGAUUUUCAAAUUCAUAAUCAUGAAUAUUUGCACUGUAAGGUUGAUUCUGUUGUGAGCUUUUUAUUUAUAAGCUAAGAAGCACUGCCUGUUGGUGCCAGGCUAGGAAAACAUCGUGUCUCCAUGACGGGGAACGAGUCAUGCUAUGGAAGCUGUAUGUCCUAUCAAAACAGCUCAGAUUUCCGACCGUGAAUAGGGAAAUAGCACUGUCAGCAGGCAAUUUGCUGGAGAUACGUAUCCUGAAAUAUUUGCUGCAUAAUUUCUAGCAAUGAGCAAUUUCAUGGAGACUAUGAUCUGCUUGUGAAGAGAAAUAAGGUGUAAAUUGGAUGAAUAAAUUGUACUCUGCAAAUGGUUUGCUGGCUCUAGAGGACUUUUCUCUUCUUUGAGAAAGCGCUGCAACUCACUGGUGUCUCCAGUCCUCUGUGUAUUGGCAGUUUGACCCCGCAUGCUGGGGAGAGGCAUCUCAAACGCCCUGUACUUGGGUACUGCUGACUGUACCAGCCCCCAGGGGUCUGUCUCGGCAGCGGGCUCCUGGGGAACCUGUGCCCCUCAGGUGGAGGCAGCCACACUGAGCAGGGCUGUGAAAGUUGCCAGCAGUCACUUGGCAGUCACCAACUGCUGGGGAAAUUCCCGCUCUGUUUUAUCCCUGAGAACAUGUGAACUACAGGGAUGUGUUGGAAUCGAGACAGGUACUGCUGUGCAUCUUCCCAGCCCUUGGGGAGCACGGAGGGCUGGUGUUGGACCCUACAAGCUGUCCCUCAGUGUCUUGGCUAACAGGCUUCAGUGCCUGCAUUUCUAUGACCCCUUUCGAUUUGUAUUGCUUUGUUUCGGUGUGAUAAAAUAAGCCUUGUUCUCUGCGGCUGUAGGGGCUUCCCCAGGGAUGAGGAAUCCCCUGGUUCCUGGGGCUGUGCCACAGUGCUGUGCUACGCAUGCCCCUGCCACCUCCAAGGGCUGGGUCGGGGAUGCUCCGGAGCUGCUGCUGCUGGUGUGCAGCAGCUGUAGGAAAUUAGAGGAGCCUUGGGGCUAUUCUGGGAAACACCAAGGGAGAUUCCCAAGGUUUCCGGAGCAGAAAACUGGCUCAGAGCUGCCUGCCUCUGUGCCAAGCGGGGCUGAUGUGGAGCUGGGCAUGGAGCCCCGCAAAGAGAAGGAUCCUGCAGACAAAACAACGGCAUCCCACAGAAACAGUGCAGUUUGGGGCUGCAGAGACCAGUGAUGGUGGGUCUGGUCCCAGUGCUUGGGAACUACAAGGUAGGCUCCAGCCAGGAUGACUGGGACAUCCCUCGCAUGGCACACUGUUGGGUGUGUGGGGCCAACAGCAGAUUUGGGGCAGGGGGUAUAGGAUAUCACGUCUGUCCCCUGGAUCAGAGAAUAUGUAACUGCUGCAUUGCCUUGGAGGAUUUUGAAGGCAGUAAAGGUAAAACCUUGCCCCGAUCACCAUUAAUUUGUGGAGAUUUUAGCCCUUGGGACUUUUCCAUCUCCGUUUCUGUCUCUUGCCUACAGAUAAAAUCAUUGAGUGGUUUGGGUUGGAAGGGCCCUUCAAAAGGUUAUCUAGUCCAACCCCUUGCAAUGAACAGGGACAGCUUCAACCGUAUCAGAUUCUCAGAGCCCCAUCCAGCCUGGCCCAGAAUGUUUCUAGGGAUGGGGUAUCUACUACCUCUCUGGGAAACCUGUUCCAGUGUUUCACCACCCUCACUGCAAAAAAAAUUCUUCCUUAUAUAUAGUCUGAAUCUACCCUCUUUUAGUUUAAAACCAUUACCCCUUGCCGUACUGCAACAGGCCCUGCAAAAGGUUUGUCCCCAUCUUUCUUAUAAGCCCCCUUUUAAGUACUGAAAGGCUGCAACAAGGUCUCCUUCGAGCCUUCUCUUUUCCAGGCUGAACAACCCCAACUCUCUCUGCCUUUCUUCACAGGAGAGGUGUUCCACCCCUCUGAUCAUUUCCAACAGGUCCAUGUCUUUCUUGUGCUGAGGGCUCCAGAGCUCAGUACUCCAGGUGAGCUCAUCUUGUGAAUGGGGGCAUGGUUCCCUUUAAUUUCACCUGAGCAGAUAAGAACCCAAUUGUUUGUCCCUACAUGCUAAUCCCUGUCUUUCCUGGAGCAAAAACCUUCCAAAAAGAGGAUCUAAAAGCCACAGUCGUUUGAAGUGGUAAUGCUUGCACUGGAGCUCCUACAUGAGCACAUACAGGUGUGGAAAAACGCUGGGUCCAGCUAUCUCCUGAGCAGCUUGAGUUCUGAUGAAGCUGCACUUCAUUUGUUCUACCUGAAGGCUGGGCCCACCUUUUGUCACUGAAACCGCUUUUCAUUUAAGUCCUAGUCAUGCUGGGAGGCUACAGCUUGAUGGUAGGUAUUGUAUUACUAAGGCAAGUGUUUAGAGAGUGGCACAUCCUUGGGGAGAGGGGUGGCUUUAUCCCAGGGGACAGACACAGACCUGUCCUCCCCCUCUUGUGCCAUGGGCCAAAUACCGAGUUCUCUGACCGAGCAUCCUUCCUCUCCUUUAUCAAUAAUUUUAAUCGUUUUAAUAACGUCCCCUUGCACGGAUAGGAUUACGAUUAGAAAAUGUCAGAGCCUUGUUAUCAUCUAAUUAGAGUCACAUUUCAGCAGAACAGAAAGGAAAAAUCUUCAAGCGCUGCCUUGUGCAGUGAAAUGGGAAGAAAGUGAUGAUUUAAACCAGCUGUGAGCUGAGCUCCGGCUGCAGUCCCGACUGAGACGUGGGGCACAGUGCAGGACAUGGCGAUGGUCCUUGGUCAGAGCCCUCCGAAGUCAUCGGUGUAAACUGCUCCCAAAUCUCUUUUGCAAAGCGAGAAACUUCAGCACAGUCCAGUAAAAACAAUCCGGCUGUCAGGUUUGCCAUCUAACAGCUGAGGGGGUCAGAGCAGCAACACAACACAAACCAAAAUAAACACCACCUUGGUCUGCCAAAAAGCCUUUAUCACUCUUUUGGGAGAGGGGGAGGCACUUUCAGAUGGCUUUAGCUUUUCACAAUUUUUUUGUUUGUUUUCAUAUGUUCAAAUGUGAGCGGAGAGCUAGGAUCUCUUCCCCCUCUUCUCCUAAUGCCAUGGUGGCAGGCAGACGUAUGUGGAGUUUUGUUCGCUUAGGAGAGCCUCUUUGUUUGACUUUUGUGAGGAGGAGAUCAGAAGGACAGCAGGGAGAAUGUGGUGUGUGCGUCCCCUUAACCCUUUGGAAACUGCCUGGGAUAUUGUUUUGGCUAAGCUCAUCCUCUGGCUUUUGCAGCACAUCCCAGAGAGCAUCCUGUUUGGGGAGGAGGAUGCGUGGCUGUGGUGAGGGACAGGGCUCUGCUGCAAUGCUGGGCUAUCCGUGUCUGCACAGGUUUCUUGGUGGCAUGGUGCCUGGCGGAGGGGCGUCUGGGCUCCUCCAGGUUUAAUGACCUCAAGCACUGCAGCAAAGCAUGAGCGAUACUGCAAAGUGUUAUUUUGUGUACAAAUAAGGUUUCAGAAGUGCUGUGGCCACUUUGCAUCCCAGCUGGCCACAGGGAAGACAAUACCUGCGCCAGCCCCUCGAUCCCUCCAUGCGGAGCCCCCUCUGGCAGCUGCCCCGCUGGGAUGCUGCCUGCCAGCCUCCCCAAGGAGGUAAUGUCUGGCAGUGACGUGGGGUGGCCAGUGAGGAACCAUAAAACCCAAACCUGCUGCAGCUGUGAGCCCCGGCACAGGCGCUGGGAGCUGGGGGUUGUGGUCCUGCUGACAUCCCUAUGGGAUGAGCAGAGCUGCCUGCAUUUGGCCAGAUCAUAGGGUGGGAGUUGAAAAACAGAGCAUUUAUCUCAAAAGUAGUGCCUGAUGGUGCCUUACCCCAUUCUGUAGGGAUGCACCGCUUGAAGAGUGAGCUUAAAACCAGCAGCAUUACCUUUGCUUUGCAGAUGCAGGGCCUGAUUUCCUCCAUGGAUUUAGCAAUCUGAUCACCUCUAAGGGUCUGGGUUAAAGCAACCUUCCUAGGGCUGAAAUGUGUCUCCCUCAUGAUUCCUGCCUUUGGGAGCCCAUGAAGGAUCAGAAGGCCCAUGGCCACCUGUUUUUCUGGUGUUCGCCUGGGACUCGCCAGCAUUACACCAGCAUUUCACACCAGGAACACCUGCCAUGUGGAGAGGGCUGGACCCCGCACCGACCAGCCUCACUUAAUAAAUAACAACAGUAAAAAUAGUUAUCGCUUAAAUAGUGCUUUACAUCCUCAGGAUGCUGUAAAAUCCCAACUGCUUAAUCACAAGCCAUUCUCUUGAUGUUUACAGUGAAGUGAAAUUUUUGGUCUCAGAGGAAAAUGUGUUUUCUGGUGCCAAGAGCUACAGGCGACUGGGUCAGCAGCGCUGCCGGGGAGGGCAAAGCCACAGCAGAGGCAGUGGAGGCUCAGGAGUCUCACUGGUGCCUCAGAGGGUCUCAGCCCACAACUGGCGGCUGUUUGUGGGCCAGCACCCAGCCCUGCCUUCCUCGCACCACCGUUUCACGGCUGCCUUCGAAACUCCUGACAUUUUGGGACUUGCUACAUUUAAACAGGCGGAGAGUUCAGCCGUGGCCGCGAACCCGCCUCGGACAGUGAUGGCUAUUGGGAGUGGCACUGAGCUGCCCGCGCUGCGCUGGGGGCCAGCGGUGGCAUUUCUGCAGGGCAGCGCCUUCCCCCUUCCCAAUUAGGGGUGCUGCUAAUUUUAAACGAGCUGCCACCACCAAGUAGGAGCACUUUCCAAUAUCAUCCAGCCUAAGUGUCUUUGGUGAGAGCUGAGGGUUGAGUGUGAAGUGGAUCCAAGUCUCCAGUCCCUGACGUUUCAGGGCAGGGAGAGUCCUUUCCUUCUGCAAGCUGGUAUGGGCAGAUUUGGAAGGGAAGGAUUUUAUUUGGAUCAGUGUUUUCCAGAGCUCGGGGAAGGAGAGGGGGUUUUACGUAAUCAAAAUGAAAACCAUCUCUGAUUUCAUUUUAAAGCAUGCUAGAAUGUUUCAUUCAAUCUGAUGCACAGCAUUGCAUUUCAUUUUGCAUUUUAAUUAUUUUUGUGAUCCUUUAAUUAGGCUAAUGUCAAAGAAAAAAUGUUUUUCUCAAAACUGGUAGUCAAAAUAUUGUGAAGAUCAUCUUUGCCUCUGAACUGCUGCUUAAAAAAAUUAGACACUGCUCUCUUUCUAGAAACCCAGGUUAAUUCCUGUCUUUACAGAGUUUCCAUAUGCCUUGGGAGUUAAACUUAAGGAGUGCUUAAAAAAGAAAAAAAGCUCUUGCUACUCAAAAAGUGAGCACUGCAGCCUUGUGAUCCAAGGAUGAAAGAAGAGAGGGUCUCGUCUCAGACCUUUCUGUCUCCCCAAAAAGCUCAUGGCAGUGGUAGGUCUAGAGGGAGCUGGAGUUCUUCAGUGGAUGAGGUGCCGCUGACUUUAAUCAGUAGGUGAAGCUCCAGCAGUGGCAAAAUCUCACACUGCCUGAGUCAUUGUUCAGUAAGAGGACACAGCACAGGACCUGGGAUGGAACAUCUUGAGUAAUUUCCUGCUGCAGAGGUUUUUUUCCCCCUGUAUCGCUUAGCUGCUGCUGUGGGCUCCGAGUUUGAGGACAAGCCCACAUGGAGAGCGCUAGGCUUGGUAGCCAGAGGGGUGAGCCUCUGCCAGCUCCAACUUUAAGCCCCACUACACUGCAGAUAUCCAAGAUCAUCUGACAAUUUCCCAGAUUUUAGUUUCACUUCAAUGCAUCGCUUUUGUCAGUCAAUUAAUAAAACAGAAUGACAGUCUUUAAAAUACAUACAUGUUUACAUAGUACUAUGGCCAGUAAAUCCCACUCUGAAGUCUCAUGGGUUUCCCAGAACCAUCUGGGCAUAUUUGAGCUCAAUGUGUUCCUGUGCGUAGAGGCAAAAUAUAAAUUAUUUAGAGGGAAGUGUUAAAAAUCUCAAUGGACUGCUAUAGCUGCACCACAAGCUCAGGGGACAGACGCUUGGCUGCUGGUCUUGUGCUGUUUAUUGGUACACAAGAAUCACCAGUGCCAGUAUGAAGGAGACCUUCAGACCACACUGAGCCUUAAGUGAGGAAACCACUCAUCUUUUGACCACAAGCAGGGCUCGGACACCACAAGAUUUCACCUGAAGAAUGCCCUGCUCCAUACAAGUAAGUUUGGUUUUGUCACCCUGCGGUACUACUCCCUGCUUAGUAGUCCACCAAGGCUGCUGCACCCUCAGGGUGUUCCUGAAGCUUGUGUUGGAUCUUAUCUUCUUGGGCUCCAGGGACUGGUGGCAUCCCUCUGCCUGAUGCCCACAUUGGGUGCAUGGGCUGACGCGGGUGCUGUCGGAUACAAUGUCCAUCUCCGCCAUAGCUCCCAUUUAAAAAAAUGCAGGUGAUGGGAGGAAGGUGCUGUCCUGGGAUGGAAGGACAUCUGAGUGAUGCUGAACCCAUGAGAUGAAGGGAGAUUUUAGGAAACUAGAAUAUUAUUUGGGAAUUUAGCAGCACCCUUACCACCCCUUGGAGGAGGUUAUCACAGGCCUGGCAAGGUAUGCUAUUGCUUUUUCUAGAUCCCUUCUUGGUGCUGCAAGUAUAUAAAGUUCAGUUUAUAAUUGGAUUGCUGGGUAUCAGUUCAACUUUAUAUCAGGCAAAAAGUCUUGUUGGGAUGCUAGGAAAGUGGGCAAUGAAGGAGCUGGCUGCUGUUGUAUAUGGCUUUUCAUACAUGAUGUUGAAAGGAAAACAGGUACCAGAGACACCAGCUGCUUUGGGGAAGUCUUACAGUUUGUUAGCAAGACGGAGGGCUGUGUUAGCAGAAGGUAACUAUACAUGGGUACAGCAUGGCAGGGCGUGCAAUUGAACACCAAUCCUCUGCACACACAAAGCAGUGUUUUACCAAAUGAAUGCCCUUGGAUUGACUCAGCUGGUGGGAGUGUAUUUCCCUGUAGCAUUGACCUGCUCUGAGCCAGGCCUCGCAGGCUUUUCUCCAUGUUCAUAUGCCUGGAUGUAUUUUCUCUGCUCAGACGAUUAAAAAUCAGCACUCAGAGAGUUGCAGAACAAAACGCUUUCCUUGAGAUGGCAUUUGCAUUUGAAAGGCAGGAUGGCCGUUUCAGGGACUUUGCUAUUUCACAAACUUGUUCUGUAGUGUCUCCUGGCUCCAUUCUCCAGUGCUUAAUUUGGGGCUCCAUGCUCGAUCCCAGCAACCUGCAUCUGGCUUGAAGCCAGCCUUAAUUGUCCUGUCUUGGGGUGGUUCAGAGAGCCGUCUAGCUCUGGCACAAAUUACAGUGCUCAGAGGACGGCUGUAAUUUCUGUCCUGCUGCCCCCAGUUCCUGGGAACUCUCCUGGCAAUCAGCAAAUGAUAUGACUCACGCUCAAGGAACCCAUAUCCACUCCAGCCUAGCGUGACAUUUUGAUUAGUAAGAGCUGGCAUCAGAGCUGAAAGGUUCCUGCUUGUGUGCCAGGCUGCAUGCGUUAUUAUCCCACUGCACUGGGCUCUUGCUGUAGCAUUGGGGAGUGGGUAAGUGCCCCAUGCUGGGGUGCACACUUGCACCUCACCUUCCAUGCCAUGUGGGAGGAGCUCCUGCUGCCUGUGACCUCCCUGGCCACCCAGGAGAAAGCUCACAGCCUUGCUCUUCCUGUGGGACCAGACUCGGUCCCCAAGGGGCAGAUUUGGUUGUAUAAGCAGGGCUUUGGUGUCGUGUCUUUGUAACUCAGCUUUGCCUGGCCCCUCGUUUCAUUGCACGUUCGUUUUAUGGCUGGAAGUUGGGCUUUGUGUGCCUAGAAACGCAGGCACCUUUGCAGGAGUGUGACUUAGGUCCCCAGCUGUCUGGGCAAGAUGGGAAAUUGCAUUCGCUCACAUCUAUAUACACGUACGCGAGCUGGGUAAUGCUUAGAAAUGCAUGCUUUUAUCAGCUGUGCCUACUUCUGGAGAUGCCUGGUUAAUUUAUCAACUGAGAAGCUCCAUCUUGCUAAAAGUCUCAUUUCCAUAUUCUUUCCAGAUGGUCAAGAUGCCACAGAGACAGUUUCUAAGUAAAUAACUUGCUGCUUCACACAACCUACUGUCAGGCUCCCAACUAGCUGCCCCAGAUGGCUGGAGAGUCCAAGGCAGUACCUGGGUCGUGAAAAGAAGCACUGAGUUGCAUGAAUAAUGGAAAAGGUGUGGCUGUGGCGCGGUUGAACAAAACCUCUCCAUUUGCAGCUCCAGAUCCGAGCUGAAGGAUGAGGGGCUGCUGGAGAGUGGCAGUGCCGGACACUGGUUCGUUACAGCGGGCUGGUGCCGCAGUGGCGCUGGGGAUGGGGAUGCUCCGCAGGAGCCUCGCUGGGCAGAGGGUGGCCGUGCCAGGGUGCUGCCGCAGGAGGUUCAGCAGCGAUGCAAGGCUCAAGCUCCCAUGCAGCACGUUUUUCUUUUUGCUGCCGCCUCAUUGCAAGUUAAAACCAAAAGGUUAAAAGUGUUUAAUUAUGCUGAUGCUUUCCCAGCGGAUUAAACAAGAGGAUAAAUAGACUACAACGUGUUAUUUUGGAUUGGAUGUUGUUUUUUAAACAAGGAGAGGGAAGCAGGAGGCUGCGGCUCCUUGGCAGCUGUCACGCGUUUUGCUUUUGAUGGUGUCAGUUGUGUCUGUUAGGAGGUGUUUCUCUUGCCACUGUCAGCAUUUUCCGGGGGAGACUGAAUUCAUUGAUACAGUCUGUUUGCUGUCCACAUAUUCACAGUUCAUGUGUUACAUUUUACAUAAAGUAAACUUAGCAAGGGGAAAACUAAUUCUGCAAUUCUUCAAAGCUAAUGCACAGUAAAUGUAUUCUGACACUGACAGGUAUUUCUUAUUAAAUAGCUCUGAACUGCGGUACUAGGUUUUGCUUAAGUGGCAUUAUUCUCCCCAAGCAAAGACAGUUCAUUUAUUAGUCAUUCUGAAAACCAAAUAACAAAUAUUAUUCUCUAAGCAAACUAAACAAACCAUUUAAAAGAGGCCUGUCUGAAAUGAUUAAAGUACAGUGUCUGAAAAGCAGCUGACAUUUUAGUGCCAAAAUACCAUAUGGAGACUCAAGUGCUUUAUUAACAUCCUUUGACCUAAGCUACAAAAUCUCCCAACACCUCUGAGUGCGUCGGAGCAGCUUUCCUGCGUGCAAGGGAGAACGCGGAGGCAAAUCUUUCUGCCACUUCUUAAGAUGUCAUUUUGGCACACCGAAGAGCGAGGUGCAAUAAUUGAGGGGCCGGAUGCAAGCAGAUUUUUUCGAUUUCUGCCAGAGAUAUGCUGUAAAAUAAUUCAGUGAAGCUGAAAGCGCGGGCUUUCCAUUUACACCAUAAAAAAUAAAUAUAUAGUGUAUGUCUUGCCUUCUUACAGCUCUGUCUUUUUCUCUUAACUAAAUAUUUCCUUUCUUCUGAGCAUCAGACAUUAUUUCUAGCUUUCAGGCAUGCAAAAUAAAAGAGUGCGUGCACAUAUAUAUAUUUAUUUAUGGUCUAUGUGGGGCUGUGUUUGCGUAUCCCCAGCUCUGCUCUGAAGAUUUCCUUCAGGAGCAGGAAAACAAUUUUGUACUGCAGGUCAGACAGAAUAACUGAUACCACUGUUUACAAAUCUCUGCUCACUGGAGAAGCUUAUUAAGCCGCAGCUGGGUGAGAAAAGGGCUGUUCAUCCACAGCGCGACAGUAAAGAUACGGGUAAGCGCUCAUGCGGAUGCCAUGCCAGGUGCUGAUGGGAAGGGCUCCGGUGAGCACCAGGGAGUCGUUGGAUGCCAGGAGGAGCAGCGCACUGGAAGAGCCACUCAAAUGACCUGUUAUAAAUCAUUUGGUCUAUUGUUCUCAGCCCUUUCUGUGCACAAAAUACUUUGAUCUGACCUAUCUUUGUCUUAUUUUUUUUAAACAAAUGUUUUCAUUACUCAUAAGAAUUC